ACCGGUAUUCAGAGAACGUCGCGCCGCAAACCGGUCCGAUUAGGCGGGCCAUUCCGAACGCAUUUGUUGCAGCGACAAGAACACGUAUCGCUUCAAUAUGGGAGAAUGCUUUAGCUGUUUUAGUUCUUCUGAUAGGGUUGAACCCUUAUCACCCGAUGCAAAGGCCAAUUUCAAAGGUCCUGUUAAAGGCAGAUCUUGUACAGAUACAUCGUUUUUGGUUCUCUUUCUAUUUGUACUAUUAUCUCUAUUUGGAUUAGUUGUAUAUUGCACUAUGAAUGGUAAUGUAAAUCGUCUUUUCUAUGGUUUUGAUCAAUGUGGCGAUGUUUGUGGAUUUAAAAAUGAAAAAAAUCCGGAUUCAAAAUUUUGUGCUGGUAAAGAUAUGACAAAUAAACCAUUCUUAAAAAUUGAGGCUCCUAUUUAUAAAGCAGCCGAUUUAAAAUAUGUUAAACGAGAAUGUGUGGAAAGUUGUUCUGAUUUCAAGGAUUACAAAGAAUUUUUACAUCGUUGUGUAAAAGAAGGCAAUGAAACUGUAAUAAACAAUGUAUUGAAAAAUUCUAGUAUUGGCAGUCUUUUUCAAGAAAUUACUCAAGAUUUACAACACACCAAAUGGGAUAUAAUAUAUCUUUGCAUAUUUGCUUUUAUUACGUCACUUGUCAUUGUUUUUUUGAUAAGAUUUGUAGCAGCUUUUGUGGUUUGGUUUGUACUUAUUGGUGUUGUUUUGGUCAGUUUUUCAGCAUCUAUUUUCUUAUGGUAUACUUGGAAACAAAAGUCAAAUCUUGAAAUUAAAGAUCAAGUUGAACAAACGGAUGUAAAUACGUAUUUUGCAUUUGCAUUGAUUGCCACAAUAUCCACAGUAAUUAUUUUGUUAAUUAUCGUGGCUAUGAGAAGUCGUAUUGCCCUUGUCGUUCAAUUAUUUAAAGAAUCUGGUAAAGCUAUACAAAGUAUGCCAAUGUUACUUAUACAACCGAUGGUGACAUUUUUCUUCCUUUGCUUAGCUAUUAUUAUUUGGAGUUAUUUUGCUGUACUCAUUCAAUCAUCUGGAACUCUUGCACUUGUUCCUAAUAGCCACAAUGCCUACUAUAAAAAAGAUCAGUUGAUGAAGUUUGCUAGAGUUUAUAAUAUUUUGGUUUUAUUAUGGGUUAUUGAAUUUAUUAUUGGAUGUCAGCAUAUGAUAAUAGCUGGUUCGGUUGCUACAUGGUUUUUUUCCAGAAACAAAGACAAUGUGUCAUCACCGAUUUCAACAUCUGUUGGUUAUUUAUUUAACUACCAUUUAGGUUCUGUAGCAUUGGGAUCGUUUAUCAUAACAAUUUUCCAAAUUAUAAAUGCUAUUUUAAAUUACAUUGAUGAAACAUUAAAGGACUCUGAAAAUGAAGUAGCACGUGCAUUUUACAAAGCAUUUAAAUGUUUGUUCCAAUGUCUACAGCAGUUUUUACAAUAUUUGACAAGGAAUGCUUACAUUGAAAUUGCUAUUUAUGGAGACAACUUCUGUAGAUCAGGACAACAAGCAUUCAAAAUGAUUACUUCAAAUGUCCUUCGUGUUGCUGCCAUUAAUUCUGUUGGAGAUUUUGUGCUGUUCUUAGGAAAAGUAUUAGUAGUUACAUCAACUGUAUUACUUGGUUUUAAAAUGCUUGAGACUAAACCUGGAGUUCUUCAUUUGUGGGUUCCAUUAUCUAUUGCUGGCCUUUUCGCAUAUUUUGUUGCUCAUUGUUUUAUUUCUGUGUAUGAGAUGGUGAUUGACACAAUAUUUAUGUGUUUCUGUGAAGAUUGCAAUUUAAAUGAUGGUGUCACUCAAGAAUACUACAUGAGUAAAGAACUAAUGGAAUUUGUUGAGAGCAGUCAAAAAGUGUUAAGAGUUGGUGAUGGAGCUACAAAUUAAUUUCAUUAUAUAAAGAAUCUAUUAUUGCAUUAUUCAUUACACAACAAAGAAAUGUACAAUAUUUUUUUUUUUUGGUUAAAUGUCUAUUAAGUUAUUGACUAUUUUAUAUUAUAUUUAUUGCCAUUAUUAAGUAUGAUUUAAUUUUAUAUUUAUUCUAUUGUAAUUAAAGGACCAAUAUGUUGGCAAAGAAAUAAUAAAGCUAUAUAUUUUUAUUUUAACA